GGAGAAUGGUGUUUCAGCAGCACUUUGGUUCAGAGCCUUUGAAAGCGCUGGGGUUGAAGUUUGAAGCCGUUGAAUCACACUUCUACAGUUCUCUGUAUGUGUGUGUCUUUUUCAUGGACUUCAUACCAAACCGCUAUGACACUUCUGUGGCUGAUGACGUUCUGUCACAGGAUUUUUAACGUUCCUCACUUGUGAGGGGAAAACAGAGAGUUUCCUGGAAAAGCCACCUAACUAGACCUCAGGUCUGAGUGUCUUGGUUUUACAGAUGGCAGCUUCAGGGAGAACAUUGAUCACUUUAGCAGUCGUCCUCCUGCAUGUGGCAAGAUGUGACGGGAGCACAAGAAAAGCAAAAGGCAGCUCCCCGCUGCGGUUCACACACCAUCUGUACAACACCACCAUCAAUGAGAACUCAGCGCCGCGGACUUACGUGGAGACGUCGGUGAAGAUGGGCAUCCAAGUGACGGAUCUGCUGUGGGAAAUCAAAUACAAUGUGGUUUCAGGUGACGAUGACGACCUUUUCCAAGCAGAGGCAAGCAAGGUUGGGGAUUUCUGCUUUCUCAGGAUCAAAACCCGCAGCAGUUACUUAGCUCUUCUGAACAGAGAGGUCAGAGACUCUUACACUCUUACUGUGGAGGCAACUGAAAGCACUUUUGAAUUCCAAACAAAAACAAGGGUGUUUGUCCAGGUCCUUGAUACCAAUGACCUGAAGCCUCUCUUCUACCCCGCCUCAUACAAUGUGGCUGUCAGGGAGGACACUCCUCUCAGGUCAAGUGUGGUUCGUGUCAGUGCUACAGAUGCUGACAUUGGAAGCAAUGCUGAGUUUUAUUACUCCUUCACCAGCAGGGCCCAUCCUUUUUUUGUUGACCCCUUCACAGGCACAGUCAGCCUCGUCAAGAAGCUCAAUGAGACGCGGUCGGGGAGAUACGACCUCACUGUUUUAGCUGAAGACAGAACAAAGAAGAUAUCCGGUGUGCAAAAGUUCGGUAAUGUGGCUAAAGUUAUCAUAAACGUGCAAAAGAUGUCUACAAGGGGUCCUGUUAUCACACUUCCCUCAAAACCAGUGGUGUCUUCAGAUGGCAAAAUAACUGUCAAUGUCCACGUGGAGCCAGGGAUUAAGCCUGUGGAAUCCCUUGAUAUUGUUGGGGGAGAUCCCCACAAGCAUUUUGAGAUAAUCCCCCUAGGUGUUCAGGGCAACGACUUCCAAGUGAUCUCCACAAAGAGGAUUUUAUGGUCUCAAUCUCCUUUUGGACUGAAUCUGUCCCUUCAAGCUAAAGACAGGAGCUUUCCAAGUUUGCUCUCUUCAGUUACGCACCUACACAUCCCAGCUUCACAUUACAGCCCAUUGGCAUUUUUGAAAGACACCUACAUUGUGACGCUGAGUGAGUUUUCUCCUCCUAAAAGUCAUGUAGUUAAAGUUUCCGUCACGCCAGUUCCCUACAAUGUUACAUUUGCCAUCAAAAAUAAUCCAGACAGCUCGAAUUUCAGGAUUAAUCCAAAAACUGGGAUCAUCGUUACCAUGGCAACCUUUGACUAUGAGAGGAGAAACUGGUACGAGUUUGAUGUUAUGGCCAAUCAUGGUGAAGCUGUGACUCGCAUAGUCAUAGAGAUAAUGGAUGAAAAUGACAACAGCCCUCAGUUCACACAUUCGUCCUAUCAGGCGUCACUGGAUGAAAACACCCCUGUUGGCAGCAGUGUAUUGAAAAUAGCAGCCACGGAUCUGGAUAAAGGGAAAAAUGGCUUUGUUACUUACACUAUUGCAAAUUCUGGCCCCUUACCUUUCAGUAUAGAGCCAUUCACAGGUGUUAUCUCAACCUCCGAACACUUGGACUACGAGCUGAUGAAACGGCUGUACCACCUGAGAGUUUGGGCCUCUGACAGCGGCAGCCCUUUUAGUCGAGUCAGUGAAUGCCCCGUGACGAUAACACUGAACAACGUCAACGAUAACAUCCCUGUGUUUGAGAGGGUUGGCUGUAAUGCCACUGUCCCCCUAGAUCUACCUAUGGGCCACACUAUUGCUGAGCUCUCCGCCAUUGAUGUAGAUGAGCUGCAGCAGGUGAGGUACGUCAUAGAGGCUGGAAAUGAUUUCCAAGUGUUUAGUAUUGACUCUGUGUCAGGAGCCAUCACCCUCAAGCAACCAAUUCCUCUGGGCGCCGGCUCGUUCACUUUAAGAGUCAUAGCCUCAGAUGGCAAACAUCGCUCCGAAGACUCAGUGGUGAGGAUAACUGUCACUAACAGAGGUGAUGAGCCGACGCUGAGCUGCCUAGAAACAGGCAUUUUCCAACAGCUGACCGAUAAACUAAUAGAGUCAAUAAAACCAAUUUUAACCAGUCAAGAGGAAGAUACGUUUUCUGACGUUCACAUUACCAAUCAACAUUCUCCCAAGUUUGAUUUGAGCAUCCCUGGAUCCAUUGACGUUGUUGAGAACCAUUCAUUGAAUUCCACUGUUGUUGUGUUUAAGGCAACAGACAGUGACAGUGGUUUCAACGGUAAACUGGUUUAUUCCAUAUCAAGUGGGAACGAGGAUGGCUGUUUUUCCAUGGACACUUUCACUGGCGAGCUUCGCUUAGUUUGCCCAUUAGACAGGGAGAGCAAAGAGUUUUACAUCCUAAACGUCACUGUUUACGACUUGGGAACACCACAAACGUCUGCAUGGAAGUUUAUCGCUGUGAACGUCAUGGACAUCAAUGACAGCCCUCCAGUUUUUGAUCAGCCCAGAUACGUCGUCCGUGUGCCUGAAAACACAGAUGUGGAUUCAAUUAUUUUUACAGCACAUGCAGUUGAUCUUGAUGGAGACAUGAGCGGGGAUGUCCGGUACGCCUUACUGACGUCUACAGUCACAUUCAGGGUGGAUGGACUGACUGGAGAAGUGACUGUGGCAGGUAGUUUGGACAGAGAGACGUCACCCAGACAUGACCUUCUAAUUGAAGCAAGAGACCAGACCAAACCCGGCCCUCAGUUGUUCUCUGUCAUUGACCUUGUGGUGGUUUUACAGGACACAAAUGACAAUCCACCCAAAUUUGUACCCAGGAUUUACAAAAUAAAGGUCCCAGAAGAUGUUCCUGUGGGCACCCUCCUUGUCUGGGUGGAAACCAUUGACUUGGAUCUGGGCAGCGGGGGCCUUGUCACUUACAACCUUAAGAACACAGAGGGUGGAAUUUUUCACCUCGACUCCUCUACUGGUGCCUUGACUCUUGAGAGAGAGCUGGACUUUGAGAACCGUUCGUCUUACAACCUCACCGUCCGGGCUGUUGAUCAUGGCCUCCCCCGCUCCCUCUCCUCCUCCUGCUUUGUGGAGAUUCAGGUUCUGGAUGUCAAUGAGAAUCUACACAGACCUGUGUUUUCAGAGUUUGUGUAUGAAGCUGCAGUGAAGGAGGAUGCAGCAGUGGGCACCUCAGUGGUAAUGCUGACUGCUUCCGACAGGGACCUGGGUAGGGAUGGAGUCGUCAGGUACCACAUCUACGAAGGCUCUGGUCUGGGAGUGUUCACCAUCAACGAAGAAACAGGUGUAAUUCGAACAACAGAGACCUUGGACCGAGAGUCAGUUCCUCACUACUGGCUUUCUGUCUAUGCCACUGAUCUGGGCACUGAGCCUCAGACCACCUGGACUCAUGUGUACCUGGAGGUCCUGGACAUUAAUGACAAUGCUCCAGAACUUUCUCAGCCCAUGUAUUUUGCAUCUGUCCCUGAGAACGUGGAAAAAGUCACAUCUGUCGUCCAGGUGUCGGCCAAAGAUGUGGACACAUCCUCUGAUGGGAAGCUUUCCUUCCAGAUGCUGGAAUCUUAUCAGACGUACUUUGACAUUGAUCCAAAAACAGGUGUUAUCAGCACGCUGUCAGCCCUGGAUCGGGAGGAUAAACCGGAGCACAUCAUCGAGGUGAUCGUUUCGGACGACGGAGACCCGUCUUUGCGCUCCACUGCAACGGUCGUGGUCCAAGUUCUGGACUCUAACGACAACCGGCCGAAGUUCACUGACAAGCUUUUCCACGUGAAGCUGCUUGAACAGCGCAACCAGGCGGGUAGACGGGAGGUGUGCAGGAUGUUCGCCCGAGACGACGACGAAGGGUCAAACGCCGCGUUGACCUACACGCUGCAGGACAACGGGGACGAGCGCUUUGAGGUCGACACAGUGACGGGCAUCGUGACAUCACACAGCAACUUCUGGCCUGGAAACUACACCAUUCUCACAAUUAAGGCCACAGAUCAAGGCAGCCCGUCACGCUCCUCCACCGUGAGACUGGACGUGGAGUGGGUCGCCCGCCCACAGCCCUCCCAGGAGCCAAUCAUGUUUGAGGAGCCUCACUUCACUUUUGCUGUCAUGGAAACCGAGCCUGUCACUCACAUGGUGGGCAUCAUCAUGACGGAAACGCAUGGGCUGAAGUGGUUCGAUAUCAUAGAUGGUGAUGAGCAAAAGGACUUCGACAUCCAAAGAAACACAGGAACCAUUUCUAUCGCUCGGCGGCUCGACGCCGCCCGGCACUCCAACUACAACCUGACGGUGCGGGUCACGGACGGACACCACAGCGCCACCACACAGGCCUACAUCCGUGUGCUGGACAUGAACGAGCAUCGGCCCGUCUUCCUGAAGCCGCUCUACGAGGUGAGGGUUCCUGAAGACACGUCCCCGUGGAAGGACAUCCUCCAGAUCAGCGCUCAGGACGCGGACGCCAACAGUAAGCUGGUGUACUCCAUCCACAGCAGCCUCCACCCGGACAGCACCAGGUUCUUCCAACUGGACCCAAAGAGCGGCGUCCUGGUGAUGACGGAGGAGCUCGACUACGAGACCAUCUCUGUGCACACGCUCAUCGUGAUGGUGCGUGAUCAGGACAUCCCGUCCAAGAGGAACUUUGUGAAGGUGGUAGUGUACGUGGAGGACUAUAAUGACCACUCUCCGGCCUUCCUCACUCCUCGCUACGAGGCCACCAUCUCCAACCUCGCCCCUAAAGGCUCCGAGGUUGUCCGGGUCAAAGCCCUGGACAAGGACACGGGCAGCAAUGCUGAAAUCAGCUACUCUCUGCACUCGGGAAAUAUUGACAACGUCUUCUCCAUAGACCCAGAGCUGGGCUCUAUCUUUGUGUCCAAACCUCUGGACCUUCAGCCUCAGGACCAGUUUCACCUGACGGUGAAGGCCACGGAUCAAGGCUUCCCUCAGCGCAGUGACCUCUGCUCUGUCCACGUCCACAUCCGCGUGUCAGACCACACCCCUCCUUCCUUUCCUUCAGAUGAAUACCUAACAGAGAUUAGUGAACUGAGCCCCCCUGGAGCACCCGUGCUCACCGUCUCUGCUUCCAGCCCAGCAGCAGUUCAUUAUAGGAUAGAGGGUGGCAAUCAGAACGGGACAUUUUACAUUGAUCCCUACACUGGAUUGAUUUCAACCAAGAAGCACCUGGAUUUUGAAGACUGCUCCACUUAUAAGAUCAAAGUUACAGGCUCCACCACAGCUGGAGCUGUGUCCAAGACUGUUGUUUAUAUUUAUGUGAUUGAUGAGAACGACAACGCCCCUGCUUUUCAUCAGAGCCAGUAUUUAGGACAAAUAAGUGAGUCGGCUCACGUCAACAGCAUGGUCAUUGGAGAGCGCAACACCCCGUUGGUCAUCCAGGCCUCAGAUGCAGACAAACACGCAAAUUCUCUGCUGGUGUAUGAGAUCCUUGAUCCAGAGGCCCUGAAAGUCUUUAAGAUAGACUCCAGUAUGGGAACUAUCUCUCUAAUUUCUGCAGUGGACUUUGAAUCCAAGGCUGAAUAUCACUUCACCGUGCAGGUGAAGGACUCUGGGGAGCCGUCGCUGUAUGCAGCAGAGCCUGCCAAGGUCACCAUACGCAUCCUGGACCUGAACGACUGUCCGCCACUCUUCAGCACACCAGUGUACGAGUCAUCCGUCAUCCUCCCAGCUGUCAGAGGUGCAGAGGUUGUCCGUGUCGUGGCCCAUGACGCCGACUCGGCGGUUUCAUACAGCAUCACUGAGGGGAAUCUUCACAAUGCCUUUUCAAUUGACCACAACACUGGAGUCAUCACUGUGAACAAUGUGUCUGAGUUUAGGCCAUUUUACCAGCUGGUUGUCAGAGCCUCUGACGGCCUAUACAAAGACUCAGCCAGCGUGACGGUAAAUGGAACCAACCUGACCGCCAGCCAGCUGAGAUUUGAGCAAAGGCUUUAUACGACGAGUGUUAGGGAAAAUCAGAGGACAGUUAAAACUUUAGCUGCGCUAAAAGUCAUAGGAUCUUAUUUAAACGAGCCUCUGUCAUAUUCUGUGAUUAACCCACAGGGGAUGUUUUCAGUUUCACACACAUCAGGUGUCUUUGAAACAACAGGUUUCGCUUUUGACAGAGAGGAACAAGAUGUGUACGAUGUAGUCGUCAAGGUACAAGACCUGCGAUCGCCUCCUCGCACGGCUACGACCCAGGUCAAGGUCUUCAUAGACGAUAUCAAUGACAACGUUCCACAGUUUCUAAACCUGCCUUUUUCUAUGAUGAUAUCUGAAGGCUCUGAACCAGGGGAUGUUUUGUAUCAAGCGACAGCCAUCGACAAAGAUUUGGCAGAAAACGGAUCCAUUAUGUAUUCACUGGAGGAGGACUACGACCUGUUCAGGAUCGACCCUGACGUAGGGGACGUGUCCCUGCAGAGGCCUCUUGACUUUGAAGCCUUGAAUAAAUACAUGUUGACAGUGGUGGCGACAGAUGAAGGCGAGCCCAGUCUCAGUACGGUCUCACAGCUGAGCAUCCAAGUGAGGAACCGAACUAACCCUGUUUUCCAGACUUUACUGUAUCCACUCAAGGUUCCUGAAAACGUUCCCCCGUUCACCACCAUCUUGCAUGUCCAGGCCAGGAACCCUGAAGGUUAUCGUCUCAUCUACAACCUCGAGGAGGAAAAUGCCUCCAAGCACUUUCACAUUGAUUUUAAAACCGGUGUGUUGACCGUGACCAACCCUCUGGACUAUGAGAUCCAAACGCUGCAUGUGUUGACAGUCCGAGCUUCCGAUUCUGUAACUGGAGCAUUUUCAGAGGCUUCGGUUGAAGUAGAAGUGGAGGAUGUGAAUGAUAAUGCACCGGUCUUCUCGAAGGCAUUAUAUAGUGUGAACAUUGCGGAGGAGCUUCCAGUCGGUGCUGAAGUGAUACAAGUUUCUGCCUCUGACAGAGACUCUGGCAGAAAUAAAGAUUUGACCUUUGAAAUGGUGCAGACAGAAGGAAAUGAGACAGAUUUCUUUGAGAUAGACCCUCGCAGUGGUUUUAUUGUCACUAAACAAGUACUAGACUAUGAAAACACAAAGCACUUUCAUCUGAAAAUAAAAGUAACUGACAACGGCACCGUUCCGCUUAGCAGUGAAGCUCAGGUGUCUGUGAAUGUUACAGACGUCAAUGACAACCCACCAGAUUUUGUCAGCUCCCAGUUCGACGCCACGCUGGAUGAAACGGCAAAAUGUGGCCACAUAGUCAUCAAAAUUCAAGCCUCAGAUCCCGACGACGGCGACAUCAAUAAACUCAGGUACAACAUUCUCUCAGGGAACGAAGGUCGUUACUUUAACAUCAACCAGUCCUCUGGAAUCAUCUCCUUUUCCAAUGUCUGCAAGAGAAACCUGGAUCCUCACUAUAAUCUGACAGUGGCCGUGUCCGAUGGAGUGUUUCAGAAAACAGCACCAGUCAACAUAGACAUGAUUAACAGCAACAGGCACAGUCCACACUUCAAGCAGAGCGUCUACGAAGCAGAGCUGGUUGAAAACGCAGAAGCAGGAACACGAGUGAUCCGACUCGCGGCCAUCGACCCUGACGAUGGGCCGUACGGCACCGUAGAUUACACCAUCAUCAACAAACUCGCAGACGAGAAAUUUGCUAUAAACAGCGACGGACAGAUUGUGACCACGCAGCCACUGGAUAGAGAAAACCCCUCCCAGAGAGUCAUAGCCAUCAAAGUUAUGGCAAAAGAUGGAGGCGGGAAAGUGGCUUUCUGCACAGUCAAGAUCAUUCUGACGGACGAGAACGAUAACGUUCCUCAGUUUAAGGCAUCUGAAUACCAGGUUUCAAUUCAAUCCACUGUAAACAAAGGCGCCCCCGUCAUUCAGAUCAUGGCUUAUGAUGCAGAUGAUGGCAAGAACGCAGACGUCACCUAUACCGUGGAUGAAGCUGAGGAAGUGACGGAAGACAUUAUAGAAAUCCACCCUUUUACUGGAAUCGUGAGUGUGAAGGAAAGUCUCGUCGGCAUGGAGAACAAAAUCUUCAACUUUAGAGUGAAGGCUCGCGACGGCAGCCUCCCUUUCUACAACUCCACAGUCCCCGUUCAGCUCAAAGUGCUUCCUCCUGACGUCCCUCUUCCAAAGUUCUCUGAACCGCUGUACACCUUCUCGGCCGCUGAGGACAUCCCCGUGGGGACGGAGAUCGGUUCCGUGCGGGCCGACUCGGACAUGCCCCUCAUUUACAGCCUGGUGAACGGGAACACGGUGGAAAGCAACAAGGACAAGGUCUUCAGCCUGGACCAAGAAAGUGGAACUUUGCUGGUUCAGAAGACCAUCGAUCACGAGAAGACCAAGUGGUACCAAGUGGAUGUGAUCGCUCAGGGGAACCACAACGGCACAGACGUGGCGUCGCUGGUGUCUGUCAGCAUCCAAGUCCAAGAUGUGAACGAUAACCAGCCGGUGUUCGAUGCGAGUCCGUACCGGGCCUUCCUGGCUGAGAACAUGCCUGCUGGAACCACAGUGAUCCAGGUGACUGCGAAUGAUCCAGACACAGACACCAACGGGCUUGUGACCUACAGCUUGGAGUUGUCCUCUAACAGCACCAUCGCUGACAUCGCUGACUUGUUCUCCAUUGACGGCUCGAGCGGCUGGAUCACCACCAUGCGGCCCAUGGACUGUGAGGAGACCAGGGUCUACAGGUUCAGCGUGGUCGCCACCGACCACGGGGGAGACGUCAAGUUGUCAUCCAGCGUCCUGGUGGAGGUGACAGUGACAGACGAGAACGACAACCCGCCCAAGUUCUUAGACGACGUGUUCCGCGGCUCAGUGGUGGAGGACACCAGCCCCGGAGAAGUCAUCGUCUCCAUGACAACCACAGAUGCCGACGUGUCCCUGGAGAACCGCCUUGUGACGUGUUACAUCACUGAUGGAGACGCGCUCGGCCAGUUCGCCAUCAUCCAGGAGGACGAGGGCGUGUGGGGUUUGAUCGCUAAGGAGCGUCUGGACCGAGAAGCCACAGACAGAUACACGCUCAAGGUCACCGCCACCGAUGGGAAGUACGAGGCUCUGGCUUCUGUGGACGUUCACGUGCUGGACAUUAAUGACAACAGCCCAGCGUGCGAAGAGCUGGUGUACACAGGGGUGGUGAUGGAAAACUCGCCCUCCAGCAUGUUUGUUCUCAGGGUUUCGGCCUCAGACCCAGACGUGGGAGCUAAUGGGCAGAUCUCCUACACCCUGCACGGCCCAAACGCUGACAAAUUCCAUCUGAACCACAGGACAGGUGAGCUGUUCACUCUGGCCGUGCUGGACCGCGAGAGGGAGGCCGAGUACAACCUGGUGUCGAAGGCGACGGACGGCGGGGGCCGCUCGUGUCAGGCCGACAUCCUGCUGAUGAUCCAGGACAUGAACGACAACCCGCCUCGCUUCUCCUCCAGCCACUACGAGGUCACGGUGUUUGACAACACCACGGUCCGAACGCCCAUCGCCGUCAUCUACGCCAGAGACCCAGACACCGGAAUUAACUCUGAGGUGAAGUACUCCCUCCUGGCAGGGGACAGUGGAUACUUCUCUCUGGAUGAGUUCUCGGGGAUCCUCCGCCUGGAGCGACCUCUGACCUCCGACACCCCGCCCACCUUCGAGCUUAAGGUGAAAGCCACCGACCGGGGCCUGCCUCGUCACCUGUACUCUGUCGCCACGGUAACGGUGGACAUAGUCUCCCUGGACGACUACCAGCCCGUGUUCCUAAACUCUGAGUACACCGCCCAGCUCCCAGAAUCCUUAGCGGUUGGGUCGGAGGUGCUGAGCGUGUCUGCCCUCACUAGAGAUGGCGGAGGACCCACUCCAGUCGUGUACCGCAUCGUGGCCGGAAACGAGGACCAACGCUUCCUGCUGGACUCGCACACAGGUCGCCUCACCCUCAUGGCGCCUUUGGAUUUUGAGGUUUCCCGGGAGUACUUCCUGUCUGUGGAGGGCAGCCGCGGAAAGCCGUCCCUCAGCGACAUCACCACAGUCAUCAUCAACGUGACGGACGUCAACGACAACACGCCCGCGUUCGGACGAGGCGACUACAGGGCGGAGGUAUCGGAGGAGCUGACGCCCGGGGCUCUGGUGAUGAAGGUGACGGCUACGGAUCAGGAUGGUCCCAUCAACAGCCUUCUGCGAUACUCUAUAGUGAGCGGGGAUCCUCUGCAGCAGUUUUCCAUUGACCCUCGCAGCGGAGAAAUCACCGUCCAAACUGCACUGGACAGAGAGGAGACCCCCCAUUACUCUCUGACCGUGCAGGCAGCUGAUGAAGGCGCUCCUCCCUUGUCGUCAGCAGUCGUCAUCACCAUCACAGUCACUGAUGUGAAUGACAACCCGCCCGUCUUCUCUCAGGUCAAGCACAGUCUGCUGCUGCAGGAGGGCGAGUCCAUCGGCAGCAGCGUCCUCCAGCUGGUGGUGACGGACAAGGACACGCCGAGGAACGGCCCGCCCUUCUCCUUCCACAUUGUCAGUGGCAACGAGGAUCGACGAUUCCACGUGGACCAGGGCGGGCUGCUGUCGCUCUCUGCUCCGCUCAGGAAGAAGGUCAAAGCCCGUCAUCAGCUCAAGAUACAGGUGACGGACAGCGGCCUCCCUCCCCUCUCCUCCAUCUGUGUGGUCAACAUUAAUGUCACUGAGCAGAGCAGGUACCCUCCCUCGGUCGUGCCUUUGGAGGUCUUCAUCACCACCGCGGGGGGGCAGUUCGCCAACCAGCUCGUCGGCAGACUGCAGGCUUCAGAUCAAGACCUGCAGGACGUGCUGACCUACAAGCUGCUAUCAGAAAACCCAGAGGGACGAAGGUUCUCCGUCGACUCGGCUGACGGUAAAAUCUGGGCCGAUGAAAACCUGGAUGAGGGCUUUUACUCCCUUAACGUCAGCGUGACCGAUGGGAAGUUCAGUGUCUGUGCCGAGGUCAAAGUUCACGUGUGGGCGGCCGACCAAAGAGCGCUGGACUCCGGUCUGACGCUGCACAUAGACAGGAUGUCCCCAGAGGAGUUCCUGAGCGUGUACUGGAGAAGCCUCCAGCGCCACCUGGGACAAGCGCUGGACGUUCCCAGGCAGGAGCUUCACCUCGUCAGCCUGCAGCAGCAGCGCGACGCCCAGGUCCUGGACGCCCUGCUGGUCUGGAGGCCGCAGCCCGGGCGCGUGCAGCCGCUGCCGACCACCAGGCUGGCAGGCAUCAUGUCAGACAUCGAGGACGCUUUGGGCCUGAAAAUCCUCAGGCUGAGCCACAACGGAUGUCUGGGCCCCGGCUGCCCGCCGCGCGGCUGCAGGAACGCCGUGCGCCUCAGCCAUUUCACCACCGCCAGGGCCGGUUACAUCACCCCCCAACACAGCUGGGAGAGCGUGUGCCCCUGUAACGAGUCGGCCGUGCGGUUCGACGAGACGUCAUACCUGAAGUACCUUCACGGGAUGGAUGAGGACCACCAGGAGUUUAAGGUCUCACUAAAGUUCAAGACUUUCCAGGAGCAAAGCUUCCUGAUGUCCAGCAACAGCACCAACAACUGGGGAACGUUACAGUUGACCGAUGGAGUGCUGCAGUUCAGGUACAGCUGUGGAAACGACGCCCCUCUUUCCUUAACCAUCACAUCUGGUCCAGUAUCAAAUGGACAGUGGCACAGUGUCCUGCUGGAGGUCAACUCCACUGCCCUGAGACUGACCCUGGACCAGCAGCAUCCAGCGUGGACCAGCCUAACCGAGCCGUGCCGGAUGUUGGGCUCCCAUGGUGCUUUGCUCUUCGCCUCUGCCUCUCACGGCUCUGCUCCACGGGGCCAGUUGAGCCCACGUAAUUUCAUUGGCUGCCUUAAAGACUUGGAACUGAAUGGGCAGCCAAUCAGAGUGGGCGAUACGGCGGAGUGGAGCGGGCCCGGGAGCAGGAGGCUGUUCGGGGUGUACCAGUGCUGCAGCACGGCCGGAGCCUGUGACGCCAGGCCCUGUGUGAACGGGGGAAUCUGUGAGGAGGACGCUACUGGAGAGCCGCUCUGCAGGUGUUCGGGCCUCUUCCACGGACUCCGCUGUGAACUGGACAACAACCCGUGCGCCUCCCAGCCGUGUUCCCACGACGGGGUGUGUGUUCCCAAGGCUGGAGGCUACAUGUGCAACUGUUCGCUAGACAACCCUGGAGAAUGGUGUCUCUCCACCUCCGUCCGGAAGCACUCUCCAGUCAUUGGCUACAUGGAAGCCUUGGAGAUCGGUGCCAGUGUGCUCGGGCUAGUUCUGCUGGUUGGCGUCUUUGUUUGCAUCAGAAAACGUUACGUUCACCAGAAGAAGAAAAAGCCCGUUUGCGUCCAGGAUUCAAACGGCUACUUCCAGCCCAGUCUGAGCAAAGGCCUGAAAGCCGAGAACCAGGACGUCGGUGCCAUCGAGAUGAGCUCUCUGGUCGGGCUCAAAGAGCUCAACAACACACCGUUCAGGUCGCUGCGCCACAUAGGUCUGUCAGGAGGUGGGGUCUCCUCCACAAAGACGCAGGGGCCGGCCGUGUGCAGCGUGGCGCCCAAUCUGCCUGCCAGGCCGCCGUCCAGCUCCGACAACGACUCCAUCAGGAAGAACCCGUGGGACUAUGAGGUUUACCCGGCCGACCCAGACUACUACGGCCGGCCGGCGGUCCAGGAGUUCCCCCAGUUCGACAUUGUUGAGGACUCCUACUCCACCUCCACCACGGAGUCGCGCAGAAACUCUCGCUUCAGCGGGUUCCCCUUCCCGCUGGACCGGGCCGACCGCCGCGCCCCCCUGCCGCCCUGCUACAGCAACCAGAACCUGGACGACUUCCUGGGGCCCGACGGGCUGCCUCUUCCCAGCUCUCAGUGCCCCAACGAGUACACGGCCAUCAGCUACUACCCCACGCAGCACGCGCGCAGCCUGGACAACGUGUCGGGAGGCUACAAGCGGCUCAGCAUGCGCCUGAGCGUGGCCAUGCCCUCGUACGCGGAGCAGGCGCCGCUGCCGCCGGAGCCCAACCCGGCCGAGCCGCAGACGCGCCCGGCGCCGCAGAACCCGCGCAGCUGCGGCAGGAGCAGCACCGUGGGCAGCGACUACGGGAGCUGUGAGGAGGUCAUGUUUUAGUUUGCUUCCUGUCUGGUGACGUUUGAGCAGCGUCGGUUACAAGCACACUCCUUCUAAGACUCCGCUCUGUGAGAUCUGAUGAAGACAACGGCACCGUGUGAACCUUCCAUUCCUUUGACUUCGUGAGGUCGUGGAGUCUCGCUGCGCCAGACUAGAGCAGAGUAAAUCAGGGCAGAGCAAGUUCAGCAAAAGUUCAUCUUUUUUUAAAUGUUGCUAAAAAAACGGUAGUUAAUUUUUCAGGAUGGUGAACAGUAUUACACAUCUGACUGUGGAUCGCUUCCACAUUCCAAGUUUUUUUUUUACUCCAAGUAGGACUCUUCCUCUGCUUCCAGGACUCGUCCAGACAAAUCUUCCAUCUACAGUGAUUUAUUUUAUACUUAGGUUUUUGAAAGGUGACAAACAUUAUUUCAUGAAAACCAACAUUUCCAUGAACAAAUGAAUAUUGACUGUCCGUUGGUGUGUGUUACAUUUAAUGGGGCUGGUUCCUCAAAAACAGAUGAAAGCCAUAAAUUAAGUGACCAAGUAAUGUGAGCUGUGAUGUGAUCAGAUGUUAGUGUUACACUAGGAUAAAUGUUUUCAUUAUUACACGUUCUGUGACUUUUAGAUCACAGUAUUUCCUUCAGACCAUAUGUUGCUGUUCGUAGUGAACUUCUGCUCUGCAGUGUUGCUGAUUAUAAACGCUUGAUGUUGAGCUUUGGAGCAGUACAGAAAAUGUCUAUGCAGCCAUUUCAAUUGGUGUAAAUGUACAAGCCUGACUUAAAACAAACACACACUGAGUUAUCGUAUUUGUAAGUUCAUAUCAUUAUUUCAUAAAAGAUCUGCAGCAACAUUUAAAUAUUAAUCUGCAGAUUAAUCAAUAUAAUCAAAGAUUCUGGUUUGUGAAGCAUCAAAAUCUAUUUCAGAAAGGUCCAUUAUUUCAAUAAGUCCUCAACGCUUUUGAAAACAAAGUCUGACUCAAAUGAUCAACAUUCUCUGUAACACGUUAAUUCUUAUUAACCUGUCUGUUUAAACCUGCUCCAGUGGCCACACGUUCUUCACCUUCCUACAUCUAACACAGUAUAUCAAUAAUCUGCAUGAUCCCAAUAUACACUACAUGUACGUACUGCAUUUUGUGUAACCUGAACCAAUGAACAGACGUUUGGGCAGAUGUUUAAAGUCGGCCCAUUCAGCGAACUGUUGGUAGUUUGCAGCCGAAGCUGAAGACGUGUUCGUCUGUGAUGACGCUGUCCAAACAACACAGAGCAAACACAAACCUUAAAGCUUGUGUUUUCAUAUCUCUCAUCCUGACAAAAAUGAACGUUCAAACAUGAUUGAAAUUCAGAUGAGGCUUCUAACGUUAUAGCCACAAUGUUUAUGCUGCUCUUUGAGCUGCGCUGAUAGAGACACUGAGUUAACGUUAGCUGGUGACUCAGUAACUGCCAGCACACGUCCUGUGAUGGUGGUUGAACCUGAGAUUCUGUCACUACAACCUCACAACCACGAUUAUCAUCCAAGAUACUGAAAUUAUUGCUGAAGAAGUUAAUGUUGGUCAUUUGCUGUCUUAACGAAAAACCAGAAGAAGAAAUAACAUCAGCUACGUGGAAUCCAGUAAAAAAAAGGGUUUAACCAAUCAUCUGUUCUCAAAUUGAUCCUCCACCAGUGGAAUCUGCGUAAACACGACGGUCAAACAUGUUUUAGUUUGAACAGCGUCUGUAGAAACAGUCUGAUAAAGUAAAGCGUCUGUGUUUGUGUGGUGAUGUUGUUUUACCUGAAUGCACGCUGGUUUGUUUCCUUUAGGUCUGAACACAGUUUAUUUUUGUAUUAAUGUGGGCCGCCCCAUGUUUUGCUCUGUUGUUUCUCUGUGAGAGAUUUUAUUAAGAUGCUAUGUUUCUAGUAUUAUGUUUCUAUAUUGUAAAGAAAUCUGAAUAAAGAUGAUCUUCUAUGAACAGUGA